AAUACCGACUUCUUUUCAAGAUAUUUUCAUGUCAGAAUUUUCAUUUAAAUUUGGAAUUGGAUCUAAAAUCUAAAUAGAGAAGAAACAAAAUGUUUUUAAUUGAACCCAUUGUCUAAAUGACACUCUAUUAAACUCCAAAAGUCUCAAGUCAAAAUGUGCGUGCGUUUUAGUGUUUGAUAAUUGAAUAAAUAAAAGUAAUACUGGAGGAAUAUGACAAUUGGAUCAGAGUUGACCAGCCUCUCAAUCAUCACUAUUUCUAUUACCUGCUGGUUGUGUAAGCUCUCCCAACCCCCCAUUGAAGAAGUAAGAAGAUGGGCCUUCUGAUACUCUUCUUCUUCUUCUUCUUCUUGAUCUUCUCUUGCAUCAGCUACAAUUCCACAGAAGCUUUCGAUCCCCUUGACCCAACUGGAAACAUCACAAUUAAGUGGGAUGUCGUGGCCUGGUCACCUGAUGGCUAUGUUGCAGUUGUUAUGAUCAACAAUUUUUAUAAAUAUCGACACAUUGAAGCUCCAGGAUGGUCUCUCCAGUGGACCUGGGCAGAAAAGGAAGUCAUAUGGGACAUGGUUGGUGCCCAAACAACCGAACAGGGAGAUUGUUCGAGCUUCAAGGGAAACAUUCCGCAUUCUUGUAUGAAGAAUCCAACGGUUGUUGACUUAUUGCCCGAAACUCCUUAUAACCAGCAGAUUGCCAAUUGCUGCAAGGGAGGGGUGAUCAGCUCUUCGGUGUCUGACCCUGAAAAUUCCGCUAGCUCCUUCCAAAUCGGUGUGGGUGCGGCUGGAACCACCAAUAGUACAGUUAAACUCCCCAAGAACUUCACUUUAAAAGCGCCAGGGCCAGGUUAUACCUGCGGUCCUGCGCAAACUGUUCAACCUACUAAAUUCGUUUCUUCAGAUGGAAGGAGAUUCACUCAAGCUAUGAUGACAUGGCGAGUUGUGUGCACAUAUUCACAAUUCUUAGCUCGGAAAACACCAGCUUGUUGCGUUUCACUAUCUUCUUACUAUAACAACACGGUAGCACCAUGCCCUACAUGCAGCUGCGCCUGCCAAAACAAGAAUAAUACCUCUGGGAGUUGUGUAGAUCGUAAAACGGGGCUAGGGAAGAAUAAUAGUAGUACUAUUGCCCCAAUUGUCCAAUGUUCAAGCCAUAUGUGUCCUAGCCAAGUUCAUUGGCAUGUGAUGGUUAACGAGAAGAAAUAUUGGCAAGUGAAGAUUACUGUUACAAAUCUUAAUUACAAGAUAAAUAGUACACAUUGGAACUUGGUCAUACAACAUCCCAACAUUGAUAAGCUGGUGGUUACGGUUUUGAGCUUCAACUAUAAGACGUUCAUUUCUCCCACAGAUGAUACAGUAUUAAUGAUGUGGGGAGCGAAGAAGAAGAAGAAUGAUGUGAUUAUUGGAGCUGGUGGUUCAUUUGAUGGUGGUAAGAAUCAUGUACAAUCUGAAGUGCUGUUGAGAAAGACGGGUUUAGCUUUGGAGAAGGGAUGGGCUUUUCCUGAAAGGGUGUUUUUCAAUGGCGAUUAUUGUAUUAUGCCACCUCUAGAUGCAUACCCUUAUCUGCCAAACACAGACAUAUGAUGUAGUAACUAAGGUAGACAUAAGUACUACCAAGUAUCUUUUGUUUAACUAUCACAUCUUGUGUGUUAAUAAGGUCAUAUUAGUUUGAAAUUAUUUAUAAAAUGAAAGUCUUGUUAUUUUUAUAAACUUGUAAAAAUUAAAUAAAACCAAAGUCUAAAAUCGUUACUAGUACUCCUGCGCACUUUUCUGCCCUUGGGCGCGACGUUGCAUUUCAGCUCAAGAAGAUGUUUCCAUGGUUGCUCUUUACCAGAUCAUAUAAAUAAUGAAAAGUUUGUAUUUGGAUGUUAAUACUAGUUGUGCAUUCACAUUGAAAUUCAUAUAUAUUUCUGGAUA